AUUGUUUUCCCGUCAUGCAGUUUGACAGGGCAGGUCCAGUUGAGCCAAGAUGGCGGACUUUGAAGAACAGCUUUCCGACGAGGAGAAGGUCCGCAUUGCUGCAAAUUUUAUCAUCCAUGCUCCCCCUGGAGAGUUCAACGAAGUCUUCAAUGAUGUGCGGCUACUGCUCAAUAGUGACAGUCUGCUCAGGGAAGGGGCGGCUCAAGCCUUUGCCCAGUACAACAUGGAUCAGUUCACACCUGCGAAACUUGAUGGAAGUGAAGAUCAGGUUUUGAUCACAGAGCAUGGAGACCUUGGUCAUGGCCGGUUUUUUGACCCUCGUAAGAAACAGUCGUUCAAGUUUGACCACCUGAGGAAAGAGGCAAGUGAACCACAGUCUCAUGAGGGUGAGGCGGCCCUCAGGCCGUGGAGGGAUGCUUGUGACGAAGCUCUGAGGGCGUACGUCAAAGACCAUUACCCCACUGGAGUCUGCACUGUUUAUGGGAAAACCAUCGAGGGACAGCAAACCAUCAUUGCCUGUAUUGAGGGUCAUCAGUUUCAGCCUAAAAAUUUCUGGAGUGUGAGCAAAUUAGCCACUUUUGGUUAUGUAGUGAUCGUUUUUGUGCUUCUGUUUCAACAGAAUGAGGUACAGACUGCCAAGGAGUUUGUCAAAAUCAUCGAAAAUGCUGAGAACGAGUAUCAGACGGCCAUCACUGAGAACUACCAGACCAUGUCUGACACCACCUUCAAGGCCUUACGCCGGCAGCUUCCUGUCACCCGUACCAAGAUCGACUGGAACAAGAUCCUCAGCUACAAGAUCGGCAAAGAGAUGCAAAACGCUUAGACACACGGCAUGCCUUCGCUCCUGCUCGCGUUACAGGCAAAGAGACAAGCUACGAGGGGCCCAUAUCUAAACCUGAAUCCAGGGCAGGGCCAAGGCGAGAAGGUCCUUCAAGAAGUGUGCUAAAAAUGUGUCUGUCCUUUUUUUUGUUUGUUUUCCAGAAGCCACAGUUUGACCUCAGCUGAAGAGACUGCCUCCUUUUCUGUAUCGUAGGAGGGCUGCAAGCUUGUUUUAAUGGGUUUAGCAAACGUUUUUGCUAUUGAACAAAUACCUCCCAUGACACCAGUGUACAGCAUCAUAAAUAACCCCCCCUAUUAUCACUUACUUCACCCCCUAGAUCAGCAUUCCCAAUGCUUGACACACACACUGUACUUUUUAUUGCACUUAGCCCAUAUGAUCAAUUGAGUCUAUUUUGUUUACUUUUUUUAGCAACUCGACUCAAAGUUUUACUUUGAGUCAUAAGAUAUAAUUGAUCAAUGUGUAGCCCAUCAAAGCUCUCUGGCUGGUUAUAAAGAAUGUCUUGACACCAGUUUAUCAUCACCAUCUUGUUUUCCAACGUAACAGUUGGUCUUUUUUGAAAGCAAUGUUGUAAGGUGCCAUCAUUUGAAUGUGCUGUCAGUUGAUCACAGCGAGGGUUGUGCCAAAGUGAGCAUUGUAUUUGUACAGUAAUUCAUUUCAGGGUUAUUGUUCUGUGUAGAAAUGGUCCCAUCGUCGUACUCUGGUGUCUAAGAGUGGUAUAUAUACUGUAUGCAGUUACACAAAAUAUUUGUUACCCCUCACUUCAGCCUCCUACCCUAGCUUUUAUUGCUAACUAUUUUUUACAAAAUGUAAGAACAAAUAUGAUCCCAGAGGAAUAAAUGAUUUGCA